AUGGCACCUUUAAAUGAAAAUGUAAAAUCACAGGUUUCAGUUAAAAAGAAACCUUUAACGACUGUUCGUUUUUUCAAUCGGCAAGAUUAUUACACUGUCCAUGGUCAAGAUGCUACUUUUGCUGCUAAAGACUUUUACAAGACAAAUCAUUCGAUAAAAAUUAUUGGGUCAGAUGAUGACACGCUGGAAUCGUUGAUAUUUAACAAAGCCAAUUUCGAAGCAUAUAUUAAACAACUGUUGUUGGUCAAUCAUUACAGAGUAGAAAUUUUUGUCAACAAAGGUGGAAAAUGGGCUCUAGAUUACAAAGGUUCACCUGGUAACUUAUCUCAGUUUGAAGAUUUACUGUUUGGAAAUGUGGAACAAAUCGAAGCAAAUAUUGUUAUUGCUUUAAAGCUAAGUCCUGAUUUCAGAAAUAACAAGAUAAUUGGAUUAGGAGCAGUAGAUACAGUAGAGAAUAAAUUCCAACUAAGUGAAUUUACUGACGAUGAAUAUUUUUCUCACACUGAAUCAAUAGUAAUUAAAAUUUCGCCAAAAGAAUGUAUUCUUAUGGGGGAUAGUAACAAUCCUGAUGUGGAACAAUUGAAAAAAGUUGUAGAGCGUUGUGGAGUGCUUGUAACAAUGAGGAAGAAGUCUGAUUUUGGCAUAGAUACUUUGAUACAAGAUUUAAACAAGCUUAUUAUGUUCGAAGAAGGACAGCAACCAAAUGCUCACACUUUACCUCAGUUACAACUUGAAAUUGCUUCUGCUGCAGUAGCAGCAGUUAUAAAAUAUCUCGAAUUGUCAUCUGAUUCGGAUAAUUUAAAUCAGUACAGUGUUGAUGAUUUGGGAUACGACAAAUUUGUUCAUUUAGAUAGUGCUGGUGUUCAAGCACUUAACUUAUUUUCCAAUUCUGGUACUAUGUCCAAAAAUGAUUCUAUUCUUGGAAUUUUUAAUAAAUGUCGAUCACCACACGGGCAGAGAUUGUUAACUCAAUGGAUCAGACAACCAUUGAGGGAUUUGAAUAAAAUUAAUGAACGUUUGGAUAUUGUUGAAACCCUUGUUACGGAUACAGAUAUUCGACAACAACUACACGAUCAACAUUUGCGUACAAUACCUGACCUCCAAGCUCUUAUGCGCAAAAUUCAAAGAAAAAAAGCCAACCUACAAGACUGUUAUAGGAUAUAUCAAGCAAUACAAAAGCUUCCAGACCUUGUGCAAACACUGAGCAAUUCAGAUGAUAAAACUCUGAAUAGUGUAAUUACAACUCCAUUAAAAGAACUUGUCAACGACAUGAAUAAAUAUCAGGCCAUGAUUGAGGAGACAAUAGAUUUAAAACUAGUCGAACGAGGUGAGUUUCUCAUACAAUCUGGAUUUGAUGAUGAAUUACAAGAAAUGAGAAAUCAAAUGGAUGACUAUGAAUCAAAAAUGGAAUCAAAUUUAACCAAAACUAGUGGGGCAUUGGGAAUUUCUGUGAAAUUGGAUUCAAAUUCACAAUAUGGAUUUUUCUUUAAAGUGUUAUUAAAAGAUGCUAAGACCGUCUCAAAUAAUAAAUCAUAUGAAGUUUUAGAUACCACUAAAGGAGGUGGUAUGCGUUUUCGAUCAUCUAAGCUUACUGAACUUAACACAGAUUACCAGAGUAUACAUAAAAACUAUUUGGAACAUCAAAAGUCUAUUGUAGUUGAAGUCAUUCAAACAGCUAGCAGUUACAGUGCAACCAUACUAAACCUAAGUCGAACCCUAGCCCAAUUAGAUGUUUUAACAAGCUUUUCCAUGCUGGCGGCCAGUUCUUUGCGUCCAUAUGUAAGACCGAAUUUACAUCCCCAAGGUACUGGCUUGUUAGACUUGAAACAAGUGAGGCAUCCUUGUGUUGAGGUACAAGAUUCGGUGUCUUACAUACCUAAUGACGCUUACUUUAAUCAAGGAAAAUGCACAUUUAAUGUAAUAACUGGUCCAAACAUGGGCGGCAAAAGUACUUACAUCAGAAGUGUUGCUGUGGCCGUAUUUAUGGCUCACAUGGGAAGUUUUGUCCCAUGUGACGCCGCUGAAAUCAGUGUGGUCGAUGCUAUUUUAGCUCGAGUUGGAGCAAACGAUUCUCAGAUUAAAGGAUUAUCUACUUUCAUGGUUGAAAUGAUAGAGACUGUAUCUAUACUCAAAAGAGCUACUUCAGAAUCAUUAGUGAUAAUUGACGAAUUAGGUAGAGGUACAUCAACUUAUGAGGGAUGUGGAAUUGCCUGUGCUAUUGCAGAACGUUUGGCAGUUGAAACCAAAGCAUUUACUUUAUUUGCGACUCAUUUUCACGAGUUAACUAAGCUCCACGAGACUAUACCAACAAUCACCAAUAAACAUGUCUCUGCCGUUACCACAGAUGAUAGUCUAACGCUUUUGUAUCAAGUGCAACCAGGAUCAUGUGAUAAAAGCUUUGGUAUUCAUGUUGCUGCAAUGGCAAAAUUUCCAAAAAACGUUAUUCAAAAUGCUGCAAAGAAACUUGCUCUGUUAGAGAGUUUUCAAAAUAACCAAAUACUGGAAGACAAUCAAAAAGAAAUCAAUGAAGCUGAUAAAGAAAAAUUUCUGAACGAAUGCAAACGUUGUGCACAAGAGUGUACUUCAUCAGAAGAUGAGUUGUUUAAUCGCAUAAAAAAACUGAGAACUGAGUUCCUAUAAUAUUAGUAUUACAUUAACGAUUAUAACUAUUUUAUAUUUUUUUUAUACAUACAUAUCUAUUUGUUCAUUAAUUAAUAAUUAUAUUGUUUUCAUAAUGCAUUUUGGUAAAGAUAAAAUUAAUGUUAUAAAUGUAACAAAAUGUAGACAUUAGUUUAUUUAUGCUUAUCAAUUAAAUUAAAUCAUACUACCUAUCUUUUUAUACUAAAAUAUAAUAUACAUGUACUUAAUUAUUUUUUAGAACUAUAAUAUGAACACAAACAAUUAUUUAAACAAAACUUGCAAUUCAUUAUUUUUUCCUAAUGUUAAUAAAUUAAAAAUAGAUUAUCAGUUAUCUAUUAUUUUAGUGAUAUUGAAGAAACAAUUAAAUUCCGUACAUAGGUACUAUGAAGUCAUUAUUUCAACUGUAUUAAUUUUCUUAGACACAAAAAAUCAAUAAUGAGUCCAAAUAAAAACUUAAAAAGUAAUUUUUGUUUUGAAAGCAA